AUGAAGCCCCCGGUAUCGCCGGAUGAUUGGUACAGAUCAAAUUCCGCCAAUUACACGCGAUCGGAGAGUAGUCGCCGUAACGCGGAGAAUUUUCGGAUGGAUACGACCAGACUGAUUCAGUGCAAGGACCAACUGACCAUGAAAACACAAACUGAAACAAGUAGGUGGGUGGGUGAGAGAAUUGUAGACAUUGCAUUUUGGAGCAAUGAAAUAAAACAUGAGAUCGAGCAACUGAUGAAGGCGACCGAGACGCUGAGGCAGAUGAAGUUCCGACUCGACAAAGCUAUAGUAGAGACGGAAGGUCCUUCACAGGUGACUUGGGAAUGCCUGUAUCAACGGCAGAAACGGAUGGGCUCCGACCAGGUCGAUGAUGACGUAGAGAAAGAGUUACUGCAGGAAGUAGCUGUCAUAAAAUCCUGCCAGGAACACUUGGAGAGAGUUAGAGACAAAGUGAAAAAGCAACUUGAGGGAAACAGAGAGACCCAGCAUAUGUUGGAAAUGGACUUGAAUGAUAAGCACACAGCUUAUGAGAUUGAUAGCAAAUGCUAUAAAUUCAUAAACUGCAACACCAACGUAAACCUCUACCCUAAUCUGAACAAAAUGGACAAGAGCGUUUCAGUGCCAAAGACAUGGGCGAGAUUUUCAGAGGAUAACAUCCUGAGGUCCCAGGCUGAGAGGAUGCUAUCGCUGAAGGUGCGAGAGGAAGUGGAGAGGCUUCUUGAAAAAACCGCCGCUGACAUGUGGAACCAGUUUAACCAAGUGAAUGUGGCCUUCACACAUCGUAUUACUGAGAUAGCUGAGGCUAAGAGAAGACUGGAGACCCACCUGGCCAUGACUCUCCAAGAGAUGUUCCAAACGGAGAAGACCAUUACUGACCUGGAGCAGGCCAUCAGUGACAAGAGACUCCCGCUGAAAGUGGCCCAGAACAGGCUGGAGGAGAGAACCAGACGGCCCAACAUGGAGCUCUGCAGAGACCCAGCCCAUACCAGGCUGCUGAAAGAGGUUGACUACAUCCAGGACACGGUGCAGACCCUGAGACAGCGGCUGAGUGAAGCCCACAACACGCUGCAGCAGCUGGCCGACACCAAGUCCAUCCUGGAGCACGAGCUCUUUGUCAAAGCCAACUCGCUCUUUAUCGACCAAGAACGCUGCAUGGCCCUCCGCAAAACCUUCCCCAGCAACCCGCGCCUGGUGGGCUAUACAUAG